AUGCGAUCCCCAUUUGGCCUCGCCCGCCGCCUCGACCGUCACCACCUCCUCGCCGCCCUCGCCCUCCUCUACCGCACUGUCCUCUUCCUCCUCCGCCUCCCCGCCCUCCCCCAACUCCUCGUCUUCUACCUCGGCUGGCGCCACGCCUACCACUCAAUCUUCGACUUCCUUUUUAACGACUUCAGACCCGCCUUCCCUCCGCUCUGGAUCGCGUGGGUCGCGUUCCUCGUCACCCUCCCCCCCUUCGCCGCGCUCCAGCUCGUGUGGCUGCUGGUGAGUUUCUUCGUCCGCAGGAGACUCGCGCGUAAGGGCACACACGGACCGGAGGGCGGCGAUGGCUACAUGAUGCUCCAACCCGACCGCGGAGAAGAGGAGUGGGCCCAGGACCCCCGCGCACGCUCGCCCCGGCCAAGCCCCCGCGCCCUCCGGAGCCCGAACACGCUCCUCUGGGCCGCGCAGAUCGCGCUCUGCGUCCUCGUCAUCCUCCGAGGCCUCCACGAGUACCGCAACUACGAGCACCCGGGCGACGUCCGCUUCCGCCCCGCGCUCCGCAAGGCCCUCGCAGACCCGCACCCAAAGCGCAGCGGCUACGCCCCCCGCGCGGAGAAGAUCUUCAUCGCCGCCGCGUUCCACCAGAACGAGCUCGUGCUCCCGUACUGGACGAAGACGAUGCUCGACACCAUCACCUGGCUCGGGGCCGACAACGUCUUCGUCUCCAUCGUCGAGAACUACUCGAACGACAAGACCCCCGACCUCCUCCGCGCCUUCGAGGCCGAGCUCGACAGGCGCGGCGUCAAGAACCGCAUCCUCAUCCAGGACGAGACCGUCAAGCGGCCGCCGGAUAUGAGCUGGAACCCGCGCAUCGAGUUCCUCGCCGCGAUCCGCAACCAGGCCCUCGAGCCCCUCCUCCGCACCGGCGGCUACGACCGCGUCCUGUUCUCGAACGACAUCUACAUCGAGCCCGAGUCCGUGCUCGAGCUGCUCGAGACCCGGGACGGGGACUACGACUUCGCCUGCGGCCUCGACUUCGGCCACUUUGGCGCGUACGACAUGUGGGUCCUCCGCGACCGCGCCGGGCGGCUCACCGCCGCCAUCUGGCCCUACUUCUUCGACAAGGGCUCCUACGACGCCAUCAAGAAGGAGGACCCCGUGCCCGUCUUCGCCUGCUGGAACGGCAUCGUCGCCUUCCGCGCGGACCCCGUCCUCCCCGUCGCGCUCCGGUCGAACGCGACGCUGCCGACGACGCACAUCGAGCACAUGCCGCCCUCGAACCACCCGUGGACGAAGGAGAUCGGGGCGAGCCCCGCGGUGACGCCGCCGCUGCGGUUCCGCGCGAGCGCCGAGGGCGAGUGCUACUCGUCCGAGUCCUUCCUCCUCCCGUACGACUUCCGGCGGGUGAUGGCGCUCGACAAGGUCUACGCGAACCCGCGCGUGGUGUGCGCGUACGUGUGGAAGUACUACGUGUGGAACAAGUGGGUGCUCCGCGCGCGGUACGUCAAGUGGUUCGUCGAGCGCGUGUACGACGGCGCGUGGAUGCAGUACGCGCGCAUGAUCGUCGGCGACGGCGACCGGGUCUGGUCGUGGGACGGGGUGGACUGCCAUCCGUGGUGGUGA